UUGAUAUAAACUUGAUAACACACAACAGAUAAAUAAAUUUAUUCCGAGACAUUAAUAAAAAAUAGCGGCUUUUUGUCUGUUGUGUGUAUGCAGUAGUAGACUUUAAAAAAACUUCUUUGAGUGUGGAAUAUUUAUUUUUUUUUUCUCUCCAUCAUAGUAAUAAUUUUAAUAUUAUUAUUAAGUAGUCAACGAGUUGGUGGAUACAAUCAGUCAUCGUGCUGACAGCCAAACUAUCACCACACAUCUUAUUCAUUUUUUAUUUUAAUAUAUAAAACGUCUUUGGUAUUACUUUGUGCUUUUCUUUUCUUUGUUUUACUCAAACAAGAUACGUGAGCAUUGUUUUAUUUAAAAUUUAAUUUGCGUAUUAAUAAUAAUUACGCUACUAUGUUUGGUGAUAGUAAUAAUCCACGUGGUUCAUUUAAAUCUCAAUAAUAUUAUAAAUAAACUAUUUAUUUAGGUAUAAGUAUAUAUUAUUAUUUUAAAAAAUCAAAAGAAGAAGACAAGAUGCCAACGACACCACUCAAGUUUGACAUGUUUGAUGCUGAAGCUCGACCAAGAGAUUGGGAUCCAAAGCCAGUUACAUUAAAGGGUCCAUUACGUAUUGCAAGAUUAUGCAUAUUUGGUAUGUUAUUGCCUGCACUAUUAGUUACUGGACCAAUUUAUUUACGUUAUCGUGUAUAUGCUGAACAAUUAUAUCCAUUGGCUGCAUCUGAUCAGAGACUCAUUGAUGGAAAAAUAUCAACAACUUGGUGUCAACGUCAAAUUGUCAAAGUAAAUACAACAUUUAAUGCUUAUUUAAUAAAUGGCAAUCCACAAAUGAAAAUUCAACCAACAAUACUUUCAAUGACAAGACAUUUAAUUCUCAAAGAUGAUAUGAAAGAAUAUUGGGGUUUUUAUUUAUUAAGUGGUAGCAGUGUCACAGUAUCAACUUGUGUAAGAUGGCCUGGUGCAUCAUUGACAAUAAUACGUGGACAUAAACAUCUUCAAGAAUGUGCAUUUAUUGGCGAUGACAGUAGUGAAGAAGUUGAUGAAAUUUUAGAAAAUACAGCAACAACACAAAAAGAAUUACUCAAUGGAACUGGCUACGAAAAAAUGAUUCAAGAAAAUGGACAGAGUAAUUUACCUGGUAAAAUGAAAAGAGCUCGAUUUGAUGUUGAAUUUCAUCACAAAGCAAAUGCUCCUUAUCCAAAUGCAACAUUACCAAAAAGUCAAACAAGUGAUAAUUCAAAUGAUGAUACUAGUCAUGAAUUGGAUGGAAUUGCAAUGAAAGAAACAUUGUCAAAGUUAUUUGCCAAAUCAUUUGAUAUGAAAAAUAGAAUUAAAAGUAAUCAAUAUCAUCGUGAGGGUGUAUUUAGAGAUAAUGAUAAUAUUGAAAGACCACCAAUUAUGAUUAAUUCAGAUGAAUUAUUAUGGGAAACAGAAUCUGUUAUUGAUAAAAUUGAACAAUCAAAUAAUAAUAAUAAUAAUAAUAAUCAAACAUCAUCAGAAGUAUUUCAUGAUAUAUUAAAAAAAAUUAAAGCACUUGGUGAUGAUCGUGGUAAACAUGUUUUACAACAAUUAAUGAAACAAUCUGAUAAUGAAAAAACACCAAAAAAUAUAACUGAUGCUAUUAAAAAAGUUAUUUUAGACUCAAAUGAAUCAAAUAAUAAUAAUAAUAAUAAUAAUUUAAUAAAAAUUAAAAGACACGUUGUAUUAAAAUCAUCAUCAUCACCAGAAAUUGUUAAAAUUCUUAAUCAAGAUGAUCAAGAUGAUGAUGUUGGUAUUGAAAAUGAAGAUUUAAAUCCAGAUGGUAUAGCUGAAGAUCGUGGUACUGUCAAUGAAACAACACUAAAUGACAAAAGUAAUUCAGAAUUUUGGAGUUCAUUUAGUAGCUCUGAGGAACGUCUAUUAGAAUGUAAAGGUUUAAUUCUUAAUUUACCAUUAACUCCACAUCAUUAUUGUUCUAAAAAAUAUGAACAUCAUCAUUCAACUGCAUCAGUUGCCAACACAGUAACAUACAGGGUACCUGUUGAUGGUUAUUAUUUUUUUGUUUUUAGUUCAGAAAAUGAAAUUCAACCAAAUUACAUAAGAAUAAAAUUUGAUCUUGUAAAAAAAACUUAUAAUACAUCAAAUUCUGUACAUUCAUGUCAAAAUUCAACCAAUGAAUGCUCAUUACCAUUUAAUUUUUUUAGCUGGGAAAAAACAGUAUUGGAAUUGCCUCUUACUGGUAAUGAUUCUCAAUGGAAUGAAGAUUAUGUUGUUGUAUCACGUUGUGAGCCUAGAACUUCACUUUAUCUUAUUUGCAUUAUUAGUGUUCCCAUAUUAAUUCUCAUAUUUGCAUUUCAUUAAAUUAUUAAAUUAUUAAUUAUUAUGUGUGUUUAACAUAAAUAAAUAAAUAAAUAAGCUGCAGUAUUAAUAAUAAUAAUACUAAUAAUAAAGACAAUUUAAUAUUAUUAUUAUUAUUAUUAUUAUUAUAGGAUAUUAAAAAUCAAAUAGGUAUACAAGUGAUUAAAAAUACAAACUUAAUUUAUUUUAUUUUUUUCCCAUUUUUAUGUAAAAGUGUAAAUUGCGUAAAGUUGCGAUAACUAAUAAAUUAAUCCUUGAGGAUAUCAUGAGCCUUGU